AUGAAUGAUGUUGAUUUGAGUGAAGACUUGGUAUAUCAUGUCAGGGAUGUUCUUACUUCAGUCCCAACGGGUGAGACUGAUGGAUAUAAUCAGAUUGUAGCUGUUUUGCACCACAGGAUCUCUCUUUCACCUGAUGAGGUUGCCCUUCUUGUGACAAGUUUGAAGGCACUCUCUGGUGCAGUUAUGUAUAUAGAUAAUGUCCUGCAUGAGUCGCUUCUUGCUUCGGCUCACGUUGCGAAAGGGCAACCUGGAAAUGCCAGAGUGGGCCAUCUAGAGUGGGUCGCCGUGGAUGUCGGUGUCAGAAGCGUGGCUGCUUCAAAUGGAAAAUAUAUUGAUUCAUGUUUAGAAAUUCUGGUAUGCAAUUUCACGCCUCCUUAUUCAUUCAUGGCUGCGCUGAAUCAGCCACGUGGUAUUACAAGAAAAGGACAAGGUCUAUCUCGUGUUCAUUCAGCUUUGAAAGAUAUAGCUGAUUUGGUACCUCUUUCCCCCAUGAGAUUAUUGCCGAUUGUGAUUCAGAGAAAGCCACACUACAGUUCUCAAGAAAAAGUGAGUUCAUUAGAAUGUUCUUGUGACAUAUGUGGAAAAGAGGGUGGCAUUUUUGGUGAACUUGUCAGAAGCACACUGCUUUCAGGGGUGGUGGAUUUGCUGAUAGAUUUGGAUGUGGAGAUUGGGUGGGAUGAUAUUCUACAAGAUGACUCUACUAGGGGCAUAUUUAAGAUGGAGCUAGAGCUUAUCGAAGAGGCUACGGAUGAUGAGUUUGAAGAUGGUGGGGAGCUUCCUAGAGAACCAAGUCGAAAAAGUUUAGGAGCAAAUCAGUUUGCAGAAAAGUUGGAUUGCUUGUUGGUACUAACAUUUGAGCAUCUUGAAUCCUGUGAAGUUAGUGGCCGAUUAAUUCAGCCGUUUGAAACUCUACUUCAAUCAUUUCAGAAGACAGUUCUGACUGCAUAUAAGUCGAAAAGUUUUGGGUCUUUUUCAUUGCAGUUUGUCAUGUUCUACGCUUGUUUUCUAGAUCCUAAAAACUGUGGCGCAAGAUUUGCUACAGUGCUCACCGAUAUUUUUGUUUCUAAUGUCUACCCCCCGCUUUUAAGGAUGAGAGCAGUUGCUUAUCUAGCUAGUUAUUUGUCUCGGGGCAAGUUUUUGUCAACUUCAUUGGUCACCGAUUCUCUGCAAAGGUUAUUGGAGUGGUGUUUGACUUACUGCAAACCGCGAGAUGGUGAAAUAGACCCGAAAGUGCACAGAAUCUUCUACUCCGGAUGUCAGGCGAUCAUGCACGUGCUGUGUUUCCGUAUGAGGUCAAUGAUGGCUGUUCCGCGCCUUAAAUCACAGCUUUUGGUUUUGCCAUUAGAAAACUAAAUCAUAAUCUUGUCUCAUAAGUUGAGCCCCUUGAAGGUUUGUCUGCCUUCUAUAGUACAGGAGUUUCUACAACAAGCAAAAACAGCGGGUUUAUUCACUACAUCCGAGAAAUUUAAUUUCGACAAUUAUUUUCCUAACAACCUGGUAUCUAAACUUUCAAGAGCUUUUGGUGGGAUGGAAAGGCUUGACGUGUUCUUCCCGUUUGACCCUUGUGUGCUAAAGAAACGUGACAGAUUCAUCCGGCCAAACUUCAUAUAUUGGUCAAUGGUCAAACCUACUUAUGACGAUGGCAAAGAAUGUAGCAGCGAUGAAGAAGCUGACGGUGACAAUUUCGACUCCGCGUUGAACAGAUUGUCCAUUACACCCAAAUACCAGGUUGGGGGUGCAUUGAAAGAGCCCGCUCGAAUGCCGACGUUUGUUUUUAUAUUCGUCCAUGAUUCUAUGACGUUUGUUUUUAUAUCCGUCUAUGAUUCUGAAUUAUGA